GUGUGGACUUCGCCGAGAUGCUCAAUCGUCACCUUCAUCGUCCGCCCCCUCCUGGACCAAGCGAAUGGGACGCUAGCCCUCCGGACGCAGAAGAGGUGCACUGGGAUGAAGAUGUCUCUGAGGACCACACAUCGUGUUCCGCCUCCAGCCGUGAUGCGGAAUGUUCUGAAGAACGUGAUGAACCAGAAGGGGAUGAACAGUCGGAUGAUGCACCCACGGUGCAGAGCUGGCCAAGGGAUGAUGAGCCCCCUCCGCGUACUACUUGGACAAGCCAGGACUGGAAGGAUUGGCAGGAUGCAGCUGGCGAUGACGACGAGGAGGACAACGUCUUCAUGCAGUUGGGGAUGUCAGAAGAAGCCGAGCUGGAAAACUUGGGUAUAUAUGACCAGGGGCGACGUGAACUUCGUAACCUCUUGCGUGCAUUACAUGACCUUGACACAAUGGAGGAAGACUCCCGCCACCUCCUGCUGCAGAUCUACCUGACCAACCAGCUCUUACGGCUCCUCAGCUACCUGUUCAAGUACCUGAACAAGAGCAGAACGUCGCGUGGGGAGAAUGUCGCGAAUGUGGAAAACGAGCCUGAAGCCGAAGACAACCUCGACGUCAUGAGCAUGGUUCAGACCUUCCAGAUGGAUGAGUGGCAGGGACUGACAAACGAAGGAGUGGCUGGGGCGAACAUCACCGCGGUGGACACCUUCUUGGGACGACUUGCUAUGCAGGUUGGGGACACCAACCAACCAAUGCACAUACGGGCGCAAAGCAUGUGGAGCCUUAUGGUGCACACCAGGGCACUUCGUCAUGGUGUUCGUGUCCUCUUGGAGCUCAUCAACAUGCUGGAGAACAGGGAGGUGGCUGGUGGGGCGUACCUACCAAGUGAUGAUGCUGAACGAGGGCGAGUACUGUACCCCUGUCGAGAACAAGGGGCGGUCAUGGCCAAUGUCUUCCUCCAGGCCUACAACGUAGCACUGGACGAUGCAUGGAACGACCCCCUCGCCGACGACCUGACCGUGAUAACCUCCUGCUACGUCGUCUUGAAGGACAAAGGGACGAUGUACAAGACAACCUACGACGGGGCGAAGAAGCAACGGGGGAUGGAAGAGGAAGGGACAGGACCCCAAGAACAGCUUUUGCCAGAGAACAGCGAGAAAGGGAUGCUCUACGUGAUGUUCCAGCUGGUAGUGGGCAGGCUCCAUAUCUCGGUCCACAGGAUAGACUGGCAACUGCAACAGUGGCUGCUGACACUGGGUGGCCCCGUCGAGCUCUACUACGUCCGUGGCACCAAUGAGGUCGACAACGUCUACGGCUUCGUCCCCAUCGAGCUCUACUACGUCCGUGGCACCAAAGUCGACAACGUCUACGGCUUCGUCUACAAGCACUUCCAGUACAUCCACGUUGCCGCCGAGGACAGGGAAGAGGAUGAAGUCAUGCUGGUUCAACGACUCAACCACAUGGAAGGGGAGCGACUGUUUGAGUGUGGGGUGAGUCGGGAAUGCAUCUGCGAACUUUCGCAUCUGCUGGACGAAAUGGCUGCCGAGCUUCCUGGGGUCGAUGGAGCGCGUGAUGCUGGUUGGACUCUCCGUGUUCUCCACUAUACUCUGGGACGUGUAAAUCGUGCCAAUGAAGCGGUCAUGGAAGUUCUGCUACAGAGGGCUGAGGAAUGUGGGGUGAGCUCCAUGCCGCCAGAGAAUGGUCGGGCACAAAUGAGGAAGCAAUGGAUGAUGCAUGGCUACAUCCGGAUCUACUGCCUGAAACGCUUCGUCGAGGUCCUGAACCACUACUUCGCGGUCCUGUGCCAGUUCCGGCACUUCCUCAUGGUGACCCAGCCCCUCCUGGUCACUCUCUGGCACAAGCUGCUCCUGCUCUACUACCACAGGGGGACGGAACGACUAUGGAAGCAGCUACAGAAGAUGGGACGUUUGGGUCCUCGAACGUGGGGAGAACGAUGA